GUAAUCUCUCUCUCUUUUCUCUCCGCCUAAAGCAAAAGCCCCCGGCCGGAGCCGGAAGGAGCCCUGAGACCCCAACCAAAACCCACGCGCUCCACCCUCCCGAUCCGAGCGCGCAAUCCCCAGGAUGGCUCACUCGGGGGGCGGCGGAGGCGGAGGGCAGCCGCUGGUGGUGUCGCUCAACUGCCUGGACGACCCGUCGCUGGAGCAGGAGCUGCUGUCGGGCGUGGCGGGGGUGGAGCACGUCCCGCUCUCGGCCAUCACCUCGGGCCGCAUCGAGUCCGCCGCCGCCGUUCUGCUCCCGUCCCUCGCCUUCCUCCCUCGCGCCGCGCAGCGGCGCCUCCGGCCCUGGCAGCUCCUGCUCUGCCUCGGCUCCCCGGACCGCGCGGCCGACGCGGCCGCCGCCGCCGACCUGGGCCUCCGCCUCGUCCACGUCGACGCCAACCGGGCCGAGGAGGUCGCCGACACCGUCAUGGCGCUCUUCCUCGGCCUGCUCCGCCGGACACACCUGCUGUCGCGCCACGUCUCGUCGGCCCCCGCCGCAGUCGCCGCCGGCUGCCUCGGCUCCGUCCAGCCGCUGUGCCGCGGCAUGCGCCGCUGCCGCGGCCUCGUGCUCGGCAUCGUCGGGCGGUCCGCCGCCGCGCGCUGCCUCGCCACCCGCAGCCUCGCCUUCCAGAUGAGCGUCCUCUACUUCGACCCGCGCUAUGACUAUGAGGCCAAAGGGAAAACAAGACGUCCUUCCAUUGUAUUUCCUGCUGCUGCCAGGAGAAUGGAUACUCUCAAUGAUUUAUUAGUGGCAAGCGAUCUUGUUUCACUGCAUUGUGCAUUAACCAAUGACACCAUGCAUAUACUUAACGCAGACUGCCUGCAACACGUUAAGCCUGGAUCAUUCAUUGUCAAUACUGGCAGUUGCCAACUUAUAGACGAUUGUGCACUCAAACAGCUCUUGAUUGAUGGUACCAUAGCUGGUUGCGCACUGGAUGGUGUUGAAGGCCCACAAUGGAUGGAAGCAUGGGUGCGGGAGAUGCCAAAUGUUCUAAUUCUUCCUCGAAGUGCAGACUAUAGUGAAGAAGUGUGGAUGGAAAUAAGAGAGAAAGCAAUCACGAUAUUACAGUCCUUUUUCUCUGACGGUGUUGUUCCAAAUAGCUCAAUUUCCGAUGAAGAUGAGGAAAUUAGUGAAGCUGGAAAUGAAGAUGAUCAACUAGACACAGGAACAAAAGACAGUUAUUCACAGGUUUUUGAUGGUGAACAGCAGACAGAUGAAAGCCAUGUUACCCCCGAGUACGAAAAGAAAAGAGCAGCAUCCCAGUACAAAGAACCUCAAGCUUCAGGGCAAUCUCAAAAUAGUGGCUCCCGAACAGAAGGAAGGCGCAGUCGUUCUGGAAAGAAAGGGAAAAAAAGACCUGCUCACCGCAGAUCUCAACAGAAAAUGGAUGACUUGUCUGCUGUAGAGAGUGACAGUAAUUAUUCCUUACAUAGAGACGAUGACACUGCAAUGAGUGGUAGGGACCAGGUGUUAAGUUCAAGUUCACGGUUUGCUUCUCCAGAAGACUCAAAAUACAAGCAGAAAUCUCCUGCUGAAUCCCCAAUGGAAAUAACUUCCGUGAAGAAGUUGCCUGUAAUGCUCGGUAGAAAAUGUCCUGAUAAGCUAAAUGAUGGUUUUGUUGUUGCUUUAAGAGCAAAAGAUGAUUCGGGGUUCCAUGUUGCAAGACAGAGACUUGCUGGUGGUGGUGGUUGGAUCCUUGAUAUUGUGUCAAACGCUACACACAGGGACCCUGCUGCUCAGUUCCUUGUCACUUUCAGAAACAAGGAUACCAUGGGAUUGCGAUCCUUUGUUGCUGGUGGUAAACUAUUGCAGAUUAAUAGGAAAAUGGAGUUUGUGUUUGCAAGUCAUAGCUUUGACGUUUGGGAGGGCUGGAUGCUGGAAGGUUCCUUGACGGAGGGUUGCAGACUUAUCAACUGCAGAAAUUCAUCGGCUGUAUUGGACGUCUACAUCGAGAUCCUUGCAGCUGCGUCCGAAGAAGACGGAGUCACUCGGUGGCUAGAUUAGCCCCGGCCUGCUGGUAUCCAAGAAAUGAAACUGACUCCUUGUUGUUUGGUUUGGUUUGCUGCUAGUUCCGAUCCAGUUUUGUUUGUUAUUCCGCGAUGUAGUGAGCGACCCUGGACCCAAUAGGCGUGGAGCUGUGUUUGGCUGUAUUUGUCAUUAGGUAACUAGAUCUAGAUCUGAUCCCAAAAGGAAAAUGUAAGAUGGCAUUAUGAAUCGCUGCGACACUAGUCACACUACUGUAGCUUCAGGGCUGAGUUCUGCCUGUGUGUGUCGCACGCUGAAGUGUUCUCUUAGUCGAGUAAAUGCACGCAUUUCUAAAUCA